AUGACCUUCGAAGAAGGACAGGCUGGUGACCAAGAGAGCACUAGCUCCCAGAAUACCCAUUUCUAUGACUCAACAUCGCAAGCACAGUCCGAUCCACACCCAGAAGAAGAGCAACAUUCUGAUCCACAGUCUGCCUCCCAAAGUGAAACUAGAACAUCCGAUCCAGAGCAAAUGCUGAACUAUAACUUCUUUGACUACUUACUCGAUACCGCUUUAGGUAGAUCUAACGAAGAGGCAAGCCGAACUGAUGCUCCAUCCAACGAACCAGCUGCUGACGCCACUGCUAGUGGCCCUACAAAUGGUCCAGGUACUACUGAACCUUCCACUACAGGAGACACCGACCAGCUGGCUAGCAACUUAAAUGCAUACCAUCCUUUAGGCUUUGUUGGUACAGACCCUUCUGGAUCCAUUAUUAUUACUGUUAAUUAUAUGUUCUUAGAUGGAACAGAAGGUGACGGACCUGGCCGUACCGGUUCGCUUGUCGUUACAUUGCCUAACAAUCCUUCCAAUAGAGAGCCUAGGGCCAUCCAACAAUUCAUCUCAUUGGCAACCCGUAUGGCAUACCUGGUCUUGGUGAAUAAUACCACUAGAAAACGGGGCAUCACGCCAGACAAGUUUAGAGAGUUCCCUGUGAAACCACUACUGACGCUCAAUGAACAGUCGUGCUCUAUCUGUUUCGAGCGAUUCGAAGAGAUCCACCCGAUAGAUGAUGAUCUGGAUUGUAUCACCAAGAAACGUAAGAUGAACCUGAGAGAACCAACGCCUACGGCAACUUCGUCCAAUGACCGUGAACAUAACACUACUUUAGAAAGCUGCAGUGCAGAAUGGAAACACGUUCCAGUUGAACUUCCGUGUGGACAUAUCUUUGGUCAGUCUUGUUUGGCUCAUUGGCUCAACGACAACCGUAGUUGUCCGUUAUGCCGUAAGAACCUUUGUGAAGGUGAAGAAGGCGAUGACGAACGUUCUGAAGUGCCACCUGUGACAUACUUGCGUUUUGGUGGUCCCGGAAAUGGUGGCAUGCAUCUUUAUGGCGAUAAUCCUCGAGCUCAGUCUACUGAAAGACCUGAGCCCGAGGCAAAUGAGCCUCAAGAAGAGACCCAGCCACCAACUGGUGAAUCUGAACCCGAUACUCAAUCACAAGAUCACCCAGGCUUGCUCCGAAGAGCUACUUCUGUCAUAUUCCAUCCUCAUAGACUGCAACUUGGUAGGAAUGCACUGGAAAGAACUAUGCCUGGGUUCUCGAGAUCCCUGCUGUCAUCAAACAUGGGCCGCCGCCGUAACUCGCCGGUAUCGCCCAUGAUAACACAAAUUCUUAAUUUAUUUGGAAGAAAUAGAAGGAGAAGAGAAGAAGACCAGAGUGGUGCUUCUUCCAUUUUUGCAUCUGGAGUCUCGAGCAGACGAACUGCUAAUGGAGUGGAGACUACUACAAAUGAAAAUGGUCAUAACCUGGAUGAAUCUGCAUUUGGCCCCGACUUCAAUCAGGGUCUGUCUAAUGAUACCCCUCAAUGA